UUGUGGCCACUCACAGGAAAGUACGCAGGAAAAAAAACAAAACCCAGUCGGAAAAGUGGAAUUGUGAAAAAGUGUUAAUUUUUUCCCAAAAAACGAUUAAUAAAAGAAACAUAAACAUAAUUCUGACCCUAACUUCGAAUUCGAAAUGAAAAUGGCUCAAACUCAAAUCAAAAAAGACCACAAAAUCAUUCAACAUCCGGUCUUAAAAUUCCAAUAAAGAAAAAAAACAAAGAUAUCGCCAAGAGACUCAAAGAAUGGUUGGUAGUGGUGGUGCAGCGGAGAAGAACCAGAACCAGCCAAGUUAAGAAUAAUAGCGCACAAACCAACAAUCAAUUCCAAAAAAUUGUUUUUGUCGCUUUUUUGUUUUCUUUGGCCAUUUGCAACAAAUCGAAGGACGUCUAAAAAGCGACAGACGCCAAAAACAACAACAAAAACGAAAAAAGAAGAGAGGCGAAAUUAUGCUGACGAUGAUGGCCCCAGCCACAGUCCGACAUUCCAAAGAAUUUAAAACAAAUAUUAUGAAUAAUGAUGAUGAUAAUAUUCCUGCCGCUGCUGCAGCAGAUGACGAUGAAUCGACGCCAACAACAGCAACGUCUGAUAUUACUGGUCUACUCCAGAGAACAACAACGACGGCGACGGCGGCACCCGUCUCCAUUGAGAAAUCAUUGGCCAGUCUGGAAUUGCAAUAUUUCAAAGCUGUCUCCCUGUAUCGACGUCGAAAUUAUGAAAAAUGUGUUGAGGUGUGCAAUGUAAUGUUGCAAGCAGGUCACGAAAAUAAUGUCCAAAUGUUCAAUACGCCACCAGAUCAGGAGGGGGAGGAGAAGGCCGAUGGCGAAGAAGCGGCCAAUCCAAGGCAGUCGAACUACAAUAUUUCUGCUGAACAGCAGCCACCAGGCAUUGUCUCGAAUGUAUACCACACUGGGGGAGGUGGCGGUCGGGGAGGCAGUAACAUAAGUAACAACAGUAGCAGCAGUGCUGGCAACAACGUUCAACGUUACAGUAGCAAUUUGCAACGCAUGGGCGCCAUCAAGGGUAGACAGCAGCGAGGAAUUUAUGGCAACAAUGUGAACAGCAGUAGCACCAUCAGCAACUCGGCAACUACCACAGGGUCUGCAUCAUCAUUUACUACCUCUAACACAAACUUGAACUCAUCUUGGGGCCAUACAGGAGCCACAUCGUCAUCAUCGUCGUCCUUUAGCGUUAUGCCCACGUGGAUGAUGGAAGGCGUUUGGCAAUUAAAAAUGCGCGCACUUACGCAACGCAUCUACAUUGAUGACUUGGAAACAAAUGAUGCCGAUGAUGCUGUCAAUGAAGAAGUUGAAUUUGAGCGCAUUGCCACAACAGCACGACCGGGAACAUCGAUAAAAACCGCUUUUAUACCACGGCCAAGUACCAGUAACCUACGCAGUGCGACAGCAGUGUCGAGGGGUCAAAGAACAGCUGGAAGUGAUGGGGCCAGACGUAGCCUAUCAUCUAGUCUGGGCAGUAGGCCAACAUCAGGAAUGGCACGUCCCGGUACCAGUGGCCUUAGUCGGCCAGGUUCUUCAAUGGGAGGUCGGCCUGCCUCCCGCUGUGGCACCGCAUCUCGAGUGAGAGCCACCUCGGCGGCCGCUUUUACAAUAGGCGAUGCCACAGCCCCUUUGUAUCAGGCCUCUCGUCUAAAUCCCACAAUUUACGCGGAACGCAAAGUUCUGGUCAAGGCCCUAUUUCAGUUCCUAUACUAUCACGAGGCGGAUGUGUUGAAAGCCUAUUCGCUGUGCGAGGCUGUUAUGGAGGUGCAUAAACAAAAAAGAGGUUCCUCGGCAUCGUUACGUUCGCUGGCCAGUUGUGAUGAAUGGUGGUGGCAACAGCAAAUGGGUCGCUGCCUACUGGCUUUGAAAUAUCCUCGUAAAGCUGAAACAUAUCUGCAGCAGUCGUUGACAAAUUUUCAACAUCCCGAUACGUAUAUUUUGUUGGCUCGCCUAUAUCAGCGCUUGGAUCAGCUGGAACAGGCAAUGGUUUUGAUACAAUCUGCUGUAGAUCGUCAUCCAUUCGAUGUGACAUUUCGCAUUGAACAGGGACGUCUGCUGGAUGCAAUGUCGAAAGUGGAGGAUUCCAUGCAAAUGUAUCGUCUGAUAGCCAAAUUAAAUCCCAUCAACAUUGAGGCACUGGCUUGUAUUGCUUUGAAUUAUUUCUACGAUAAUAAUCCCGAAAUGGCGCUAAUGUAUUACAGGCGCAUUUUAUCCCUGGGCGUUCAUUCGUGUGAGCUGUAUUGCAACAUUGGUUUGUGUUGCCUGUAUGGAGGUCAAAUUGAAUUGGUUUUACCCUGCUUUCAGAGAGCCCUUCUAACGGCCAAGACAUCGGAACAAAAAGCCGAUAUUUGGUAUAAUCUUAGCUUUGUUGCAAUUACCACCGGUGACUUCAAUUUGGCCAAGCGAUGUCUACAACUCUGCCUCACCUCCGAUGCCAGGAAUGGAGCUGCCCUCAAUAAUCUCUCGGUUUUGGCUGCCUAUACGGGUGAUAUACUGAAGGCAAAAUCCUAUUUGAGUGCUGCCAAAGAUGUUAUGCCCGAAUCGGAAGAAGUUGAAACCAACUUAAAAUAUAUGGAUGAACAUUAUAAAUUAUAAUUUAUUCCAGUGUGUAUAUAUCAUGAUAUAUCUUUCACUAUCUAUAGAUGUGUUAAAUAAAGUUGUAGAAUUUGUGAUUUAAGGUAUUUUCAGCCAAUUGUAAAUGCCAUCUAGACCAACUUUUGU